GCACGUGUCUCGAGAGGGUAGUGCAGUGCAGAGUGCUGUCCGGCUCUCUCCUGCGUGUUGAAUCAUAGCGUUUAGGGCUUUCUACACUUUCCCUUCUUCUCACCCAUUUCUCAACCAACAUUUCCCCCUCCUCCAUUCCUCUUCACCUAAAAGCACCCGUUUCAUUGUUCUCCUCUUACACUCUAGCAUCGCAUAAACUCAUUCCCAAUUUCCCUCUUACACUCCAAAUUCCCUUUUUCUUUGACCUUAAAGUUAAAACGAUGUCGGGCAGGAACCGCGGGCAGCCCCAUCCACCACCUCCACCACACGCUGGGUUAUCUCCGCCGAUUCACGAUCCCGUGUUCGGCGCAAGAGCCCUAGGGGUAGUAGGGCCCAUGCCUCCCCAUCCUCACCCUGCGCUUCUAGAAGAUUUCCGAGACACCCAGCUAGGGCUGGGCCCGCGGCCCAUUCCGCUCCACCCCGCCGCCAUAAUUGAGGAGCGUCUCGCGGCCCAGCAUCAGGAAAUCCAGGGCCUGCUGGGCGACAACCAGAGGCUCGCCGCCACCCACGUGGCUCUCAAGCAGGAGCUUGAGGCGGCCCAGCACGAGCUGCAGCGCAUGGCACACUUUAGGGACUCCCUCCGGGCCGACACUGAGGCCCGCAUGAGGGAGCUUUACGACAAGUCGGCACAGCUGGAGGCUGAGCUUCGCGGCACAGAGGCCGCACGGGCCGAGCUUCUCCAGGUCCAUGCUGAAGUCAAGGAGCUCACCGCCGUCCGGCAGGACUUGUCCGGCCAGGUGCAGGCCAUGACGCAGGAUUUGGCCCGGAUGACCGGCGAUGCAAAACGGUUGCCGGCGUUGAGGGCUGAUGUCGAUGCCAUGAAACAAGAGUUGCAAUGUGCAAGGGCUGCAAUUGAAUAUGAGAAGAAAGGAUUUGCGGAAAACUAUGAACAUGGUCAAGUGAUGGAAAAAAAAUUGGUCGCAAUGGCUCGGGAGAUGGAGAAGCUUCGUGCGGAGAUUGCUAAUGCUGAGAAAAGAGCACGGGCUGCUGCAGCGGCUGGGAAUCCAGGUCCAGGGUAUAAUGCAAAUUAUGGCAAUGCUGAGGCUGGAUAUGCUGGAAAUCCUUACCCUGCCGUUUAUGGCAUGAAUCCGAUACAGCCUGGUGUGGAGAAUUUUCCUCAGUAUGGACCUGGACCUGGUGCUUGGGGUGCAUAUGACAUGCAGCGAGCUCAAGGACACAGAUAGAUUUCUUCUAUCCUGUUAGGCAAACUUAUAACUGGUACCUUGGGUUUUAGAGUUAUCUACUCAUGAACAUCAUGGGAAAUUAUCAAUUAGAUGAUCCUUGAAGUUGUACUUGUAUUAAAAAGCUCUUACUAGGCUGAUGAUGCAGUAGAUGUUGCUUGUCUGUGGUGUCAAUUAAAGGACAUUUUGCUUUAUAUAUCUUUUUGGUUAUGGUGUGGCACUCAUACUAAUCUUGUUCUUUAUGUCUUUAGCUUGAAUUUUCGUUUAUUCAUUCCUAUCUCUCAUGGUUAAUUGAAGGUUGCUUAUUAUCAAAAUUGUGCAACUAUAGUUCGUAUGUAACUAUUAGCUUCUUGUUAACCAUCAUUUUCCUUAGGGAAACAGGGAAAAGCAAAGUUGUUUUUUGUAACCCUUUUUUGCCUGUGGUAGGCUUUCUAGGAAGUGUUUGAAUUUGCUCAAGGUAUACACAAUCUCUGUUGGAGCUGUUGGUAAAAAAGCUUAAAAUAGUUAGAUUUUAUAUAAGUAUCAGUUUCUUGAUUAACAAACACCUCCCCUGAAGAAAACUAGGAAAAGAAAAAUUGUUCUUCUAUUCCUCCUUCAAUGUAAUAGGCUUUGUGGGAAGCAGUGUGAAAUUACUCAAUGUAUAAUCUCUGUUGAACCUUAUGUUAGUAAAGAAACUGAAAAUAUUUGCAAGACUGUGCUGUACCUUCAUAUACAAAAGAAGAUUCUAUCAUGUACACACUGACUCUUUAUGGCUAUACAUUACAAAUUUGAGUCUAAGAAAUACUUCUUUGACAAUUGUUUUAGCAUUUUGAGAAGGGUUUUAUGCUAAGCUGUGUUUCUUUCAUUUUUGUCCUGUAUUUUAGGUCCCCCUCCUUUCCCCCCUUUCCCUCCUGACCCAAAACUCCAACAAAAAAUAUCAAAUAAGAUUUGAGGAGCACUAGUCUGUUGUUCUACAGGAUGAUUUGUAUAACCCUAUUACAGUUUCAGUUUUUCUUAUGACUUUUUAAUGCAUUAUGGAAUACAUGUUUGAUUACAGGAUUAGUAUUAAUUAUUCUAUCCUCUUAUUGCCUCCAAGUAAACAUGCUACCCUUUCCUUACCAUUCAUUCAUGACGUCAUUGGCGGAGUAAAGGUUUCUUCUUUUUAUAUCUGAAAAGCAGAUUUUAACUGCAAUAUAUCAAAACAAUAAUUUAAAAGAGAAGUCUAUGUAUUGAAUGACAUACUAGUUUCCUAUUGUCUCAGUUCUGUAGUGGCAAUGCCAAACAAACAAAAUACAUUGUCACCAUUUUUGUUGAACAUUUUGUUAAGAAUUCCAGUUAUAUAAUUACAUAGUGGAUUGAGAAGAUUGAGAGACUCCCCAUGGUCUGCUUUAGGGGAGAAUAAUAGAAAAUUCCACGAUUGAGACACUUAAAAACUGAAAUCCCAUUUGAUGCUUCUUGAAUUGGUUGCUUUUUGUCUUCUAAAAGGAUAGGAGAGUUUGGAAUUUUAUCCUUGUGGUUUAGUUGUAAAUCUUGCUUUCAGUCAAGGUAGUCAAAAUCAAGAUCAUACCUGGGAUUGGAAAGGUUAGGGAAACGCGUAAAUAUAACAUGGAUCGUAAGAUCCCACCUAAAAUGCAAAAUGAUAUUUAAAUUCAUAUAUUUGCAAAAAUUAAUAAAAAAUAAGUUAAAAUGACCUUAAAUUACUAACAGCCACAAACUUAUGUCACAACAAUUCUGAAUUCAGAACCCCCAUCUGCAGCAUCAUCCUAGCUGCUUCCAACUCUGGCAGCACUUGAACUCCCGUUACCCUCCCUAACAGCUCCUUUCCCACUUAAAAGACAUUUAUACAUAUAAAUAGAUUAGGAGUGUAACCUAGCAGAGAUCAGAAACUUGAAUUCAGGUUCCCAUAUAGUGUAGCAACUGAACCAAAGCAAGGAGUAGUUGAACCCACAAGAAAACGAAUCAAGUGUUCGACACAAGCAAAAGAACUGAAGUGAGUAGUGCCAAACCCAGAAGUAGAAAAACCGACAAGGGGAUUGGAACUUUUGUGUGCA